AUGAACUUAAGAGACUCCAGAGACCCAGACUGGCCUCAAAACCCUCUGGCUGAGGGGCUCCUCCAGCGCCCCAACGCCUUCGGCCCGUGGCAGGAGCUCCGGAAGGUCCCGCCCGAGGAGCCGCCGGCUCGGGGCCCCGCGCCCCUCAGGGAGCUCCCCCCGGCCCCGGGCAGCACCGGCCGCCCACCGGCUCCCCGGUACCACGGAGACCACCGGGCCCCACGGGUGCCGGGGGGUGUAAGGGUGGCACCGAGCGCUCCGGAAGCUGCGGAGGGGCGGGGGCCUGCUGUGAAGGGAGCAGCGGCCGUGCCUCAGGGCCGCCAGGCAGGCCGGGCCCGCAGCGGCCGCAACGGCCCGGGCGGACCCUCGCGAACGGCCCGGGCUGCGCGGCACAGAGCACGGCGUGUCGGGGGUGCCAGCCCGCGGGUGCCCGCCCCGCGAAGCAAAGCACAGCACAACCCAGCCCAGCCCAGCUCCCCGUCCCAGCGCCGCUGUGCCCCGGUUCCAUCGCCCCGCAGCCGCCCCCGGCCCCUCACCCCGAGCAGGGCCCGGCGCCGCCGCUCCCGGCCCGCGGUCACGGAGCCUCCGCGCGUGCGCACGCCGGACAGCCGCGGGGCGAGCCGAGGGGCGGGGCCAAGGGGCGGGGCCAGGCGGGGAGGGAGGGACGUGAUUGGUGGAGGCGUGAGGGAGAGGAACGGCGAGCGCGAGGCGGGGUGGGACCGGGGCGGCACCACCUCUGAGCCCGAGAUGUUGCCAUUCCCAGAGAUCCGCCUCGCCAACGGGCCCAGCCGGUGCCAGGGGCGAGUGGAGAUCCUCUACAACGGCUCCUGGGGCACGGUCUGUGACGACGACUGGGACAUCGUGGAUGCCAACGUGGUGUGUCGCCAGCUGGGCUGUGGCCAUGCCAUCACCCUCCCAGCCGCCAUGACCUUCGGCCAGGGCAGUGGGCCCAUCUUCCUGGACAACGUGGACUGCAAGGGCUCGGAGGCAGCCCUGAGCGAGUGCUGGAGCCAUGGCUGGGGCAUCCACAACUGCUACCACUACGAGGACGUGGCUGUUGUGUGCAACGAGUUCUCACCCACGCAAGUCAGCGAAGGACCGACCACCAGGACCCUCACAGCCUCGGUACAGGAUGGGGAAAGUGACGGCAGCAUCCGCCUGGUGAGCGGCCCCGACACCUGCCAGGGCCGGGUGGAGAUCUUCUACCGUGGGAACUGGGGCACGGUCUGCGACGACGACUGGGGCCUGAGCGAUGCCAGCGUGGUCUGCAAGCAGCUGGGCUGUGGGCAAGCCCUGGAUUACAAGAGCAAUGCUUAUUUUGGCUAUGGAACAGGACGUAUCCUCCUGGACAACGUCAACUGCGACGGCAGUGAGCCCUUCCUGUCUGCCUGCUACAGCCUCGGCUGGGGCAUCCAUAACUGCGGCCACCACGAGGAUGCUGGGGUCAUCUGUGCAGGACUGGACACAUCCACCAUCACAUCAUUCACCACCUCGGUGGCCCUGGACUCUGAGGAGACACUGACAGCCACGGCCACAGCAGUGACAGACAGCAGGGACCAGCCCUCCCAGGCCACCGAGGUGGUCACCACCACGCUCCUGACCAUCGAGCAGGAAAGUGGCGGCUUGCGGCUGGCGAACGGGAACGGGAGCUGCCGCGGGCGGGUGGAGGUGCGGCACCGCGGCACCUGGGGCACCGUCUGCGACGACGACUGGGACUUCCCCGACGCCCAGGUGGUUUGCCGGCAGCUGGGCUGCGGCAGCGCCCUCGCCGCCACCGUGCUGGGCUCCUUCGGCUACGGCAGCGGGCCCGUGCUGCUGGACAACGUGGGAUGCGGCGGCGGCGAGGCGCGCCUGGCCGACUGCUUCCACCUGGGCUGGGGACAGCACAACUGCGGCCACCACGAGGACGCCGGGGUCAUCUGCCGAGGUGCUGAUGACACUGAAGACCAUUUCCAAGAGGCCACUGCUACAACCACCACAUUGGCCCCAACUCGUCCCAAGGAGGGGUCCUUGCGCCUGGUGAACGGCAGCCACCGGUGCGAGGGGCGCGUGGAGAUGUUCUACCUGUCCCAGUGGGGCACGGUGUGCGACGACGCCUGGGACCUGCGGGAUGCCAAGGUGGUGUGCAGGCAGCUGGGCUGUGGGCACGCCCUGGCAGCCUGGGGGGAGGCACACUAUGGCCAAGGCACCGGCUACAUCUUCCUCGACAACCUCAAGUGCAAGGGCCACGAGCCCUCGCUGCUGCGCUGCUCCCACAUCCGCUGGGACGUCCACAACUGCGACCACUCCGAGGAUGCCGGUGCUGUCUGUGACAUCCUAUGACCCUCCCGCAGCUCAGGUGGAGAGACCCAGCCUGCAGCACCAGUCACCUUCGCCACCAAGUGUUUGAUUCCUACUGGGACAUUGGGAAAAUGACUUCCCUGUUCUCAUGGAUGGGUUCAAGGGUGGGGAAGGGCUCGGACAGUGGCACAGAGCUCACUUCUCUGUUUGUGCAAUUCAUUUGUUGAUAAGAGACUGCAUAUUCCUGGGCUGUUUUUUUUUUUCAUUUUCCAUUUUUUUUUCUUAUAUGUGUGUGGGUUUGUUUUUGUGAAUACAUAAAAGCCCUUUGAAAGUG